GAGACAGACCAGGCAUCCAGGUGUCCAGGAUCGUCCAGGCAGCCUAGGCCAAUGGAAGUGUAAGUGUGUGUGUGUGUAUGUGUGUUGCUAGGCGUGGAGUUCUUGCAAACGUACCUGAAGACUGAUCUCACCUGGUCGCCGAAAACUGGUGCUGGAAAUCUACCGCAGCUAUAUCCGUUUCCCUUUGCAGCGGAGUUCUUGGUCCUGUACCAGAACUUUGUACCGCUGUCAAUGCUGCCGAGCUGCCAGCAAACGGACAGCUUCGGUGGUGUUGAAGUCUUUCGAGUGGCAUGCAGCCGAGCCGCCGAUGGCUACACUGAAGGUUCCUGGGCGAGAAACUGCUCCCAGGAACCCGGGUUCAAGAGCACGACGUUGCUGCCAUCGCGAGCCCAGCUCAGCAAGGUAGGAUGCAUUUCUGAAGCGGAUGAUCGGACACUGGCUCUGCGGUGCCGGAGCAGGAGGUUUGACUCCUUUCUCCUAUCACCUUCAGCAGGGCUCAAGGAAGAGAAUGCUUUUCAAUGGCGCUGCCCAGCAUACGCCUCGGUUGGUGUAUGGAACAAGUACUCUUUUUUGGCCAAUCGAAGCUGCGCCUCCGGAUUUGGGUCAUGGGGCAUGCGAAUUGAGUCUCAAUUGAAGUGCGUGGCAGUACAGGUGGCAGAAACUCUUCAGUUGAGGCCUGGCCAAUCAGUUCUGGACUGGGGGAGUGGCUGCGGAUGGGCCUUGACCUGGAUGUCAACACUCUAUGGAAUCCGAGGCUUCGGCAUUGAGGCGACAGCACAGAACGUUGCCUGGGCAAAUCGCUUCUCACAAGGCAAAUACUGCUUGUACGGCGACUUUGACCUAGGUUGGGUCCCGGAUGCGUCAUUUGACGCUGUGAUAUCUUACUGGGCUCUCUAUCACCACAAUGUAAGUACUCAAUGUCACCUGAUCCGGCAGCUGGUUCGAAAAUUGCGACCCGGUGGACGGGCCUGGUUUGGCGGGAACGUGCCAAGCAGCGCGAUUAACAUCGGCAACGAACCCUUCAGGAGAAGAGACUGGAAGCGGUGUUUAAUCUCCUUGGCUCAAGUCGGUGGCAUACCCGUGUCGUUGGACUUCAUGGCAGACGCAGCUCUCUUCAGAAGAAACUUAUUUGAAAUUGGUCCAAAACCAGGUGACUAUCUCUACUUCCAUCCAACAUAUUCAGUCCUGCUUCGUAGAAUGAGUUGAGAGCCAAAGUUGCUCUUGGCAUGAAGACGAUCGACGUGUUUUCAAAGAAGGCAAUCUCGUUCAGCAACGUGUGAUGAGUGAGGCAGUCAGAACAGCUGCAGUCGCCAAGCAGCCGCGACGCUGUUGGAAGUUGUUUUUUCGCUGCCAUUUGGCCCAGAUGUUGGGUGUGUGGCCUGCCAAAAGGCAGGCCCAAGAGAGGGAUGGUCAACUGGGAGAAGGUCACCUGAUCCGGCAGCUGGUUCGAAAAUUGCGACCCGGUGGACGGGCCUGGUUUGGCGGGAACGUGCCAAGCAGCGCGAUUAACAUCGGCAACGAACCCUUCAGGACACUGGAUCCAUCAGGUUAAGCUCCAGGAUUUUCGGCUUGAACCAAUGGAUUGGUUUUUG